GAGUGUGUGUGUUUUCUGUGUGCGAGUGUGUGUGUUGAACUGAGCGGAGGUGAAGAAGAGGAGGAUGAAGCUGGGAGCGGAGGAUGGGAGGAAGAGUGGAGUAAGAGACAGGCUAGCUGUGUGUGAAUGAGUGAGUGAGUGAGGAAGAGGAGAGGAAGGUCGUCGGAGGGACCGAAAACAAAGACUUGCAUAUUUUGGGGAUAACCUCCGGAACAUUACUAACUGAAACUUUCAACUUUUUACCCGCCACAUCUCGGCUUGUUGUGUCCGGAGCCGGCUUUGUUUCACGGCGGGGGUGUCUACGAUAAAUGAAGGAAUAAAAUAGAUCCCCAUCGACCUUUUUCUACCCAAGCAGGGAAUACCCUGGGACUGCUUUUGAUAAAGGUUACGAGAGAAUGGCGGCCAACAUGUACCGAGUGGGAGAUUAUGUGUACUUUGAGAACUCCUCCAGCAAUCCUUACCUGAUCCGUAGAAUAGAAGAGCUUAACAAGACAGCCAAUGGGAACGUGGAGGCAAAGGUGGUGUGUCUGUUUAGGAGGCGAGACAUCUCAGGAAACCUCAACACCCUGGCUGACAGCAACGCAAGAGAAUUUGAGGAGGAGUCGAAGCAGCCGACGCCGUCUGAACAACAGAAACACCAGCUCAAACACAGAGAACUCUUCCUGUCUCGACAGUUUGAAUCUCUACCUGCUACUCACAUACGGGGGAAAUGUAACGUCACCCUCCUCAAUGAAACAGACGUCUUGGCCGGCUACCUUGAGAAAGAGGACUGUUUCUUCUACUCGUUGGUGUUCGACCCCGUCCAGAAGACCCUACUGGCGGACCAGGGGGAGAUCCGCGUGGGCUCUAAGUACCAGGCAGAGAUCCCCGACAAGCUAGCUGAGGGUGAAUCGGACAACCGGAUCCAGGAGAAGCUGGAGACCAAGGUGUGGGACCCCAACAACCAGCUCAAAGACCCGCAGAUUGACCAGUUCCUGGUGGUGGCGAGAGCUGUGGGGACCUUUGCUCGGGCCCUGGACUGCAGCAGCUCCAUCCGCCAGCCCAGCCUCCAUAUGAGUGCAGCUGCAGCCUCCAGAGACAUCACACUGUUCCAUGCUAUGGACACGUUGCAGAAGAACAACUAUGACCUGGCCAAAGCCAUGUCCACCCUGGUUCCUCAGGGGGGGCCGGUGCUCUGCCGCGAUGAGAUGGAGGAGUGGAGCGCCUCAGAGGCAAUGCUGUUUGAGGAGGCUCUGGAGAAAUAUGGCAAAGACUUCAACGACAUCCGCCAGGACUUUCUGCCCUGGAAGUCUCUAGCCAGUGUGGUCCAGUUCUACUACAUGUGGAAGACUACAGACCGCUACAUCCAGCAGAAACGACUAAAAGCUGCAGAGGCAGACAGCAAGCUGAAGCAGGUGUACAUCCCCACCUACACCAAACCCAACCCCAACCAGAUCAUGGUGCCAGGCAGCAAGCCCGGUAUGAACGGGGCAGCAGGCUUCCAGAAAGGACUCAGCUGUGAGAGCUGCCACACGGCCCAGUCUCCCCAGUGGUAUGCCUGGGGCCCUCCCAACAUGCAGUGCAGACUGUGCGCCUCCUGCUGGAUAUACUGGAAGAAGUAUGGAGGCCUGAAGACUCCCACACAGCUAGAGGGUGCCGCUAGAGCUGGCUCUGAGUCAGGCCCCCGCGGUCACAUGACACGCCAGGAGGUCCAGGGCAUGUCGCCGUUCACCCGCAACGAGGGUCGAGCCAAGUUGCUGGCCAAGAACCGCCAGACGUUCAUCCUGCAGACCACCAAGCUGACCCGCAUCGCUCGGAGGGUGUGUGAGGACAUCCUGCAGCCUCGCCGCGCUGCACGACGGCCCUACGCCUCCAUCAACGCCAAUGCUGUCAAGGCUGAGUGCAUUAUCAGGCUGCCCAAAGCCACAAAAACACCUCUAAAGACCAAGGUGGUGCCUCGACAGUCCCUGGCCAACAUAGUGAAGGAAUUAGCCAUCUCCGCGCCUCUGAAACUGAAGGCGUCGAGAGGACCCCCGACACCCAUCAACAGGAAUCAGGCCAGCCAGCCCCGUGUGGGCCAAAGCCUGCUGGGAAAGAGAGGCUUCGAGACCGCUGCAGGGGUGCCCUACCCAGCCAAUGGGAGGCCGUAUACUUCAGGUAUGAGGACCACCUCUCAGUCGGUCAUCAAGCGGCAGAAGGUCAGCCAGGGGGAGGCACCCAACCCCGUGGUGUUUGUGGCUACAAAGGACACCAGGGCUCUGAGGAAACAUCUGACCCAGUCGGAGAUGCGUCGGGCAGCCAGGAAACCUCAUCUCCUGGUCCGGAUCAAACUGCCGCCGCCGCCCCCCCGCUCCCUGGCCAUGCCCCUGCUCCCCUCCAGCACCAGCGAACCCAUCGUCCUGGAGGACUGAAGGGGGAGGGACACGGGGGGUCUUUUAACAGGACAUGGGGGUGGGGUGGGAGUCGGGGAGGGUCUGUGCUCAGGCCGUCACUUAACAGGCAGCACAGUACGCCAUACCAGUAGUCUUUUAUUUUCCCUCUUUUCAGUGUCAUUUUUCUUUAAUCCUCUGUUACUUCCCCAACGUUGAUGUGUCCAACACACACACACACACACACACACACACACACACACACACACACACACACACUCUUAGAUGACUGUACAUUUCCCUCACAUUAAGCUCACACAUCAACACACCGACACUCACACGACACAAUGCAUUGGGCUUUGUAGUAUUUUAUUCCAGAUCCUGAAUUAUUUUUGCUCCCCUUUUCAAUGCCGCCUGUUUUUAAAUGUGUAAUUUAAAUCAAGAUAUUUCUCAUCCUGAAACAACGGUGAUAAAGCACACUUUGUUUUUUCCUACACGUCUCUAUCUUUGUGUAAAUAUAUGCACCAUGUACGGGGUAACACCCCCAGUGUGUGAGGAGAACGGGAGGUGGAAAUGGGAGACUGUUUGGGACAGCUGUAGCUGGCCGAAGGACUAAUUUGAUUAGAACGUUUUACUCAACCUCCAUUUCAUCAGGGAAAACUCUAACUGGCUAUUACUUGUAGCUCACUGACUGUGCUCAUGUUCGCUGGUAAUUAGGGAGACAUGUUGACAGAGCUGCACUCAGUCACUGUAAACUGAACAGUGUUCACCGCCAUUCGACUGAGUCUGUACCUUGACAACUUCUCAGAUCAUCAUCCAGGAGCCAACACAGGCCGGUUCCAGGGUUGAUGCAUCCUGACCGGUCACGGCCUUCACAUCUGUACCUCAGUCCCUCGGUGUCAAAAAUACUGAGUGAGCACAAAACAACUUGAGUACUGUGAAAGUCACUGUUGAGAGUGUAGAGACAGAAUAAAAGUCUAGACAAAGGGGUGAUGGAAUGUAGAGUGUAGUCGUCGUUUUACAGGUUGUAUCACUCAUACAAAAUCCGAAGUGCCACCCUGUUAGACGACGCCUUCUAAGUAUGUAUGUAGCAACCAUUAUUGUCUUUAUAAAUUAAUCUGCUGAUGAUCUUUUUAAUAUAUAUUUUAAAAAAAAUAAUGCUUAUCACAAUUCUCCAAAGCCCAAGGGGGCAUCUUCCAAUUGCUCGUUUCGACCCACCAUUAGUCCCAAAACCCAGAUAUUCAGUUCACUAUGACUUAAAUGUAUAAUCAGUCAUCAGAAUUGUUGAAGUUAAUACAGAAACAGCCACACGUGGUGUUAACCCUAUAUUGUCGCCAACCAGGUGGUUGUAUUGUUUGUACAGCCUGAACUGAAUCCUGAUUUACGACUUCCUGAUCCUGACUUUACUGCUCAAAUUUGUUUUGUGCUCAUUUGAUAGUUUUGUUGAUUAUUAACCCUCUAUACCGUCUCCACCUUGGCUAGGCGUCACAGUAGCCAUUUAAAAAAAGAAAAGUUAAAUCAAGGGUUGUUUUUGCAGUCGAGCUGCAUUUCGUCUUUUUUUCGAUAUCCACUUUUAGCCGGUCUGAAGAGAGAAAGUCUCGACCUCACCCUAAUAUGUUUGAACAGAUUUCCUGGAAUCAAAAGGGGAGAGCAUCAUCGCUCAAAGGAAAUCUGUAGGUUUACAGUGUAGGAGAGAUCAUAUGUAGUGUUUGAUAAAAGGAAAAUCGAAUGAUUGUGGUUACCAUGGAUUUGCACAAGUUACUGUGUGACUUGCCAUGACGAGAGAACACAUUUGGCUUUGAGGUACUAUGUUUGAGUGCACAAAAGUCCAAAGUGAAGCCAUAAUGUGCAAAACAAAAAAAGUUGACCUCAUUGUGAGUGGUCACUUUAAUCCACGCUGUAAUGUUAGAUGAAAGCCACAGCAUUUCUGACAGCGUACUGUUUGGUUGGUUUGAAGGAAACUGAUGCGAUUAUGUUACUGAUCAGUUGAUAAGUCUGUUAAAAAAAAAUAAGCAGCAAUGCGUAAAUGUACAGAAGACAAUUAGGGCCAAAAAUGAAGUUCUGAAGUAAUAUUAAAAGUUUCAAAAAGAGUCUUGGAUUAAAGUCUGGAUUCUUUCGGAACUUUUUUUCCCAUAUGGCCUUGAUCAUCUUCUGUAAAUGUGUAUGAUGAUGCAGAACCAGAAUGAUGUUUUUGAUUGUGAUUGGGUAUGAUAACCAUGUGAAAGGAAUCUUCAGCUGUCUCAACGUGCUUUCAUUUCCUUUUGUUCAUUUUGAUUCCCCCCGUUUGUACCAUUAUCAAAGGGUGAGCACUAAAAGCAAGUUGUCAAUUGGAUGGUUAUACUUCCUGUGAAUCUCCACAGCAGUGAGCGCUUACACAGGUUUUAUAAGCAAGUUUUGGUCCCAAUGUGGGCUUAAUGUAAUAUUUCUCCAAAAAAAAGAAAAGAAAUUUGAAGUGUUGAGUUUGUAGCAAAUACUAAUCUGUGUUAAGACAAGUGGAAAACUGGCAUAUUUUCAACUUUUUUUUACAUCUGAAGUGUGUAAUUCUGCUCCAUUAUUGUGGAGAUGGCUCUAAUAGGCUUACUGUACAUGUGGAACAUUGCUCUCCUUCAUAGGGUGGGUGGGUGGGUGGGGGGGUCAUUUGAACCAGGGGUGACAUUCAAAAGGGACAGGGUGCUGAUUUUUGUAUGAUGGAGAGACAAACAUGCUACAACUGAAACUUUUUCUCAAGUGUUUUUUAUUCCGAUGUCUCUGUAUCCUUUAAUGUAUCUUGAUAAGAAAAGAAAUAAAGAAUUUUUUUUUCUUCGUGG